AUGUGGACUUGCCUAAGAGUCUGUGAAGUAAUUUUCUCAAGCGUGGCAGCUAUGUGGCGAUUUACACUUUUCCUUUGCGUCCUGCUGGUGGUGUCCAGUGGGCCGAGCCUGGCCGCAGACGAACACACAGACCAUGGAAGCACAGACCAAGGAAGCACAGACCAUGGAAGCACAGACCAAGGAAGCACAGACCAUGGAAGCACAGACCAGAGCUCGAACUCAAGCCAUGGCGAUGGGCAUGACUCGAGUGGAGACGGUCACCAUGGAGGGCCCAUCACCACCCUACCUAUUGUGAGCUGGAAGUGGCACCAUGUCACCACUCCGUACCUGGUGGCUAUUUGGGUCUUGGUCUGCUGGCUGUGCAAACUCAUCAUCGAGGCCAACCAUCAUGUGACCAGCGUGAUCCCAGAGAGCGCCCUGCUCAUCUGCUUCGGCUUCAUCCUGGGUGGCAUUAUUUGGGGUGCAGACAAUGCGCAGACUUUCACACUGACACCGACUGUGUUCUUCUUCUACCUGCUGCCCCAAAUCAUCCUGGAUGCGGGCUACUUCAUGCCAAACAAGCUCUUCUUCAGCAACAUGGGGGCCAUCCUGGUCUAUGCUGUCAUUGGGACCUGCUGGAAUGCCGCCAGUGUGGGGCUCUCCCUGUGGGGGUGUCACCAAGGAGGAGCAAUGGGUGACCUGGACAUCGGUCUGCUUCAGUAUCUUCUCUUCGGCAGUCUAAUUGCUGCUGUUGACCCCGUAGCUGUCAUUGCUGUGUUUGAGGAGGUCCACGUCAACGAGGUCCUCUUCAUCAUGGUGUUUGGAGAGUCUCUGCUCAACGACGGCGUGACAGUGGUGCUCUUCAAUGUGUUUGAUGCAUUUGUGUCUCUGGGAGGAUCCCAAAUUGAUGCUGUGGAGAUAAUCAAAGGAAUAAUUUCCUUCUUUGUUGUGGCGUUUGGUGGCUCCCUACUCGGUUUGUUGUUUGGUAUACUUCUCUCACUUCUGACCAGAUGCACUAAAAACAUCCAGAUCAUUGAGCCAGGCUUCAUUUUUGUCGUUGGGUACCUCUCCUACCUGACUGCCGAAAUGCUCUCCUUAUCUGCCAUCCUUUCGAUUGUCUUCUGCGGCAUGUCCUGCCAGAAGUACAUCAAUGCAAACAUGGACGAGAAGUCGGUCACCACUGUCAGAUAUGCCAUGAAGGUUUUCGCUAAUGGAUCAGAAACCAUCAUCUUCGUGUUCCUCGGCAUCUCGGCCAUCGACAAAGCAUUAUGGGUUUGGAAUACAGGCUUCAUCCUCCUCACGCUCCUCUUCAUCUUCGUAUACAGGAUCAUCGGUGUCUUUUUCCUCACCUGGAUUCUCAACAAGUUCAGGCUGGUCCCCUUGGAGUUCAUAGAUCAGGUUAUUAUGAGUUACGGUGGCCUGCGAGGGGCUGUUGCGUAUGGCCUGGCAAUGAUGCUGGAUGAGCAUAAGAUAAAGGAGAAGAAUCUAAUGGUCAGCACUACUCUGAUUGUAGUGUACUUCACUGUCAUCCUUCAGGGAUUAACAAUGAAGCCUCUUGUCAACUGGCUCAAAGUAAAGAGAGCUGCAGUGUCCGAGAUCUCGCUCAUAGAAAAAGUGCAGGAUAAGUUGUUUGAUCACAUGCUUGUUGCCAUUGAAGACAUAUCUGGACAAAUAGGACACAACUACAUGAGAGACAAGUGGAAUAGCUUUGAGGAGAAAUGGAUGACAAGUGUUUUGAUGAAGCCGUCCGCAAGGAAGAACCGCGACUACGUCUUCAAAGUCUUCCACAAACUGAACCUCAAGGAUGCUAUGAGCUACGUGGCUGAGGGUGAACGCAGAGGCUCUCUGGAGUUUAUCCGCAAUGAAACAGCGAAUGUCGACUUCAAGAAAAAGUUUGGUGAAGAUCUCUCAGAGGUCAUGCCUGAUGUCACGUACGACACGACAAUUGAAUAUGGUGGAACGUCCGAUAUGAUGAGAGACCCUGUGCCAUCAGUGAGCUUGGAAAUGCAUGAGCAGACCAUGAAUGGUAUGAGGGAAACUGAGGACAUUAACACUCACCACCUGCUGCAGCAACACCUGUACAGAGGCAGGAAACAGCACCGACACCGAUACAGCCGGAGCCAUUUCGAAGUCAAUAAAGAUGAAAAUGAAGUGCAGGAGAUCUUCCAGAGGACCAUGAGGAAUCGUUUGGAGUCCUUCAAGUCCACAAAGAUGGGUGUCGCUCCUCCAAAGACAAUAAGCAAGCAUCCAAAGAAAGACCAGCAGCAAAAGAUGCCAAAUGGAAAAUCAAUGGACAAAAGUAAAAGUUACCUAUCUGGCGAUGAAGAUUUUGAGUUCUCAGAGGGGGACAGUGCCUCUGGUUAUGAUGCAGCUGGUGGUUCCUUCCCCAUGAGGGUCACCUACAGAGCAGGAGCUGGAAUUGAGAAUCCGGCCUUCAUGCUGGACCAGGACCCAAUGCAGAUCCCACCAUGGCUGGCAGAGGCUGAGAUCGGCAGCAGCAUGGUGGCUCCCUCGCAGAGAGCCCAGGUGAGGCUGCCAUGGACGCCCAGCAACCUGCGCCGCCUGGCUCCGCUUCGCACUAGCACUCACUCCACGGACUCCUUCAUGCUGGCCGAUACACCCUCCUCACAGCAGAGGGGUGGCGCCGAGCAUCUGCCGCAGCCACCUCCACCACCACCGUCUUCUCAAAAAGACGGUGACCAAAAGUAG